CAACCCUCAAUUUUGAUAUUUUUGCUGUUUGAGAAUCAAAAGUUUUAAUCUUUUUGUUUUUGCCUGUUUUUCGUUUAUUUUAUUUUUUUAUGUCCUAUAUUGUUUUUUUUUUCCCCGAAACACCUGUCAGCAGCAGCAGAAAGGGAAGAACACUACUCGCCAAGGCGCCAACGCCACUCUCUCCCCAUAAUCCCAAUAUCACCCAACAACAAUAUUUUUUUUCCUGAUUCGAUCGGCGCCUUCUCUCUUUCUCUAAUCGUCUUUCUCUUCUUCAAUCGCUUCAAAUUCCGGCAAAGUUUCCUUCUUUGUACGGUCCGUACCAUCAUUCACAAGGAAGGAAGGAACACACAAAAGGGUUCUUCGUUCUUGCGGAGGGAGAAGAGAGAAAGAUAUGGCAGCAGCUGCCGCCUCUUCUUUUAAUUUCUCUUCUGCUUCUCCUCCUUCCACUCCUUCCGCUUCCAGAGGCUCCCCUGCCCACGAUUACUCCUUCAAGAUUCUCAUGAUCGGCGAUUCCGCCGUCGGCAAGAGCAGUAUUCUCCUCAAAUUCAUUUCCGACGCCGAUCACGAUCCCUCGCCCACUAUUGGUGUGGACUUCAAAAUCAAGACCGUCAUAGCCAAUGAUAAAAGAUUGAAGCUUACGAUGUGGGAUACAGCUGGACAGGAGAGGUUUGGAACGGUAACAACAUCUUAUUACAGAGGAGCACAUGGGAUCAUUCUUGUUUAUGACGUCACAAAGAGAGAUACAUUCACAAACCUAUCGGAGAUAUGGGCUAAAGAUGUGGAACUUUAUUCUACCAAUCAUGAGUGUGUCAAGCUUCUAGUUGGAAACAAAGUUGACAAGGACAGUGAACGCGCUGUAAGCAGAGAAGAAGGGAUGGCUCUAGCACGAAGGCUUAAAUGUUCGUUUAUUGAAUGUACUGCUAAAUCUAGAGAAAGCGUGGAGCAACUAUUCAGAGAGAUUAUAUUAAAGAUAUUUGAAGUACCUACCCUGUUGGAAAAGGGAUCUGGAGUACCAAAGACUCCGACGAUUCGAGCAGAGAGACAAGCGUCCCAACAAGGUCGCAGAAAUGGAUGCUGUUCUUGAUCGGAGUGUCCUACAAGCACCGGCAUUGCAGAGAUGGGAACAUAUAUUCUAAUAUGAUUGAAUCUUAGUUUCCAACUAAAAGGUGCUUAACCGGAAGAUUCAAAAGUCUACUACUGUACAUUGUUCAUGUGGCCAACAGUACUCGUAACGGUGUCUCCUCCAGAUCCAACCAUACUCAAACACAGCCUCAACCAAUGAGUUGUGAGGCUUUGAACAAUUGGGCCAUCAACUGCUUGCUUGUGUCUAGUCGCGCGCGAGCCAGAGUCUUGUGGGUGCUGUAGAUCUCAGAGUCAAAUCUGUAUUCUGGUGUUGUUCGCUCACCUUCAAAAAGAGUUUCAUCUCUUUGAGUUUUAUCAUCUGUCCACAGCGUUCAUACAUUGGUAGAAGAGAGUGUGUAUUGUUGUUGCUUGUAAUUGAGAGCUGAAAGAAAAAGUUACAGAAACAUGCAGCAGGUUUCUUUGUCCUUGUACCAGUAGAAGUCACAGCACUUGAAGCAGAUUCAUUAUAAAUUUUUUUAUUAUUUUGAUUGCUCGAUUACUCCCAAAUCAAAGCACACUCUUUUACUCACUGACUCACUCACUCUCAGGAAUCCAUCUCAUAAAGCGAUAACCUGAC